CAAAAACCCCCAAAUUUCCCCCAAAUCCCCCCGGGGGUCGCUGCGUUUCCUUUUUUCUCCACCAGGCGGCGCCACGAGGGGGCGGGACCCUCUCCGCGCGCUCCCAUUGGCCACGCCGCCGCUUUGAUUGACGCGCGGCUCGGCCAAUGAGAGGGGCGGGAAGGCGGAAGAGAAGGGCGGAAGCGGAAGCGGAAGCGGAAGCGGAAGCGGGGCCGGCGGCGAUGGCGGCGCUGUGGGGACGGGUCGGGGCGCUCAGCGGAGCCGCCGCCGUGGCGGCCGCGGCCUACGGGGCCCACGGAAUGCGCCGCAGCGACCGGGACGAGUAUCAGAAGGAGCUGUACGAGAUCGCCAAUCGCUUCCACCUCCUGCACAGCCUGGCCCUGCUGGCGGUGCCCCACUGCCGCCGGCCACACCUGGCGGGGGCGCUGCUGCUGGGGGGGGUGGGGCUGUUCUGCGCCCCCCUGUACCGGCAGGGCCUGACCGGGGACCCGGCGGGGGCGGCGGCGGCGCCGCUCGGGGGCUCCCUGCUCAUCCUGGGCUGGGCCGCCAUGGCGCUCUAGGCACGAAAAUGGGCUGAAAAACGGCAAAAA